UUGAUUUUAGGACAGACCAUGAAAAAGGAACGAAAUCAGAAAUACUAGUAGUCGCCAGGUGGCGCCCGCGAGCCGUCUUGCUUACUGAAGCCUGCAUUUCGCCGAAGAAGACAUUUUUCCCUGCAUACAAACUUUAUUCGAAUCACACUUUCAGCGGAGUUUUGGGAUGAAACUGCGAAAUAAAGCAGAAAAAUAAGCACUCGUUAGGCAGUGGCGACAAAAGUGAAAACAGAAUUUGUCAUGUAGUUAUAAAUUUGAGGGGAAAUGAAAUAAAAAGGGGAAGCAGCGACAAACGAAAUAAACUGAGUAAGCGAGAUGUGCUUUCAAUCAGGAAGCAAAAGACGAGAACGACCAGCACAUUCCGAAGCAAGUUUAUUUCAACGUUUCCGACUUGCUACGGAGAAAAGUCACUUCUAAAAGGAUGUUGUUCCUGUGGCUGCUGAUUUCCUGCUCACCACACGGGGGCGACGCCUCCCCUAUAAGUUGCUACAACGACCGGGGAGAAGCCACCGACUGGUUUUACAUGUACAAGCUGCCCAAGGAGCACGGCACCGCGUCGGGUUUGAGGUACUUUCUGUUGGACCGGGGAGGCGCGGAUUGGGCGCCCGGGCAGGGCGACAUUAAUGACACGUCGGGAGCUCUCGGCAGGACGCUGGGGCAACUCUACACCCAGAAGACGGAAGUAGCGUACAUUCUUUACAACGACCAGGAGCCGCAGCCGCCGCCGCUUCGCCCCAUCCACCACCGAGGAGGACACACAAAAGGCGUGCUUCUGCUGGACACCACGCAGGGUUUCUGGUUGAUCCACAGCACCCCCUAUUUCCCCGCCUCGCCACGAGCGAUGGGAGGCUACAGCUACCCCGACAGCGGCGUCCAUUACGGACAGAACUUCCUGUGUGUCACCUUCCCGCUAAAGAGCUUCCAAACCAUCGGCGAGCAGCUGCAAAUCAACCAGCCCAACGUCUACAGCUGCGACGUCCCGCCGUCGUUUGCGGCGGCCGUUCCCGCUCUGGCCGCCGCGUGCCAUAAAAACGGGACGUGGGUCCCUCCCGCUAAUCGUAGCGUGGCGCUGACGUCCGUAGGCGGCACCCGCUUUGUCGACUUCGCCAAAGGAGCCGCUUUCAACGACGACCUCUACCAUUCCUGGGUGGCCCCUGCCUUGCGGUCAGACCUCCUGGUGCAGUACUGGAACCGCUCGGGCGGCAUCCUGCCGUCCGACUGCAGCCUCGGUUGGAAGGUGCUGGGCGUCACUCGCGUCUCGCCCUCCGGGUCGCCGGCCUACAACCACACCAAGGACCACUCCAAGUGGGCCGUCAGCCUCGGGCCGGCGGUGUUCGACUCCGAAGGUGGAGGCUGGCUGUGCGUGGGCGACAUCAACCGCAACAGAGCGGAGGAGAAGCGAGGCGGCGGCACGCUUUGUCAACGAGACGCCGCCGUCUGGAAAGCGUACCGGACCGCCGCGGUGGACUUUCAGCCGUGCGGGUCCGCUUCUUGACCGCGACGUCCUCGCUUGUGCGGUCCACGUCAAAAAUUCAACAGGGAUUCGCAUUCGGUCAAUCGCACCUGUGCCUCACGUCUUUUUUUUUAGGGAUGUAGGUAAAACAGAACCACAAAAUUUGGAGACUUUAUACCUAUAGAGCCUACCCACGUACCACGUGCUCGCUGUAUGGUUCCGCCCACUUGUCCGUCAAAACAUAGUGUUAACCUAUUACGGCUACGUACAUUUCUCCUAUUUACGGCGUGUUUUUCUGCUCCUUAACAUUAAUAAUUAAAAUGGUGAAGGCGUGUGUGGCUGUUGGUUGCACUAACAGAGAAGAUGGAAGGAGAGACUUGAAGUUUUACCGUAUUCCGAGGGAUCCAAAGAGGAGAGCGAAAUCGACGGCUGCAAUUCGAUGUGAAAACUGGACACCAAAAAAUCACCACAGACUAUGUAGUAGUCAUUUUAUAUCCGGUAAGAUGCAUUUAAUAUAUAUUUAGAGGGUUUUGACCUGACAACCACAAUUAAGAUCAUUGCUAGGCUAAUCGCCGACAACAUACGACGUAGUACGACAUAGUUUCAAAUUCAAGAUGUUUGUGACUUCCCUUUCUUCCACCAUCGUUAUUUUUUGAAUAAUAUUUAGCUGGUACCAAGUAAAAGAAACUGGCCUCGUCUACGGGGCUGACAAAUAACCACAAUUAAGAUCAUUGCUAGGCUAAUCGCCGACAACAUACACGUAUGUAUGUAGUGAGUGCUAUCGCUAAACCAUAUAAACAUUAAAAGCCUUAACUCCAUUGACAAACGACAUGAAAUACAUUAGACUUGACAGUGGAUGUUAGCAAUAACAAAAGAAUUCGAAUUGAAAAUUUCGUAACUCACCUUUCCAAGCACAAGAUAGAUUCCUGCCAAACGAGGACCUGUUUCACCCAACCAGCAACGAAGUAUUUAUAAGUGUCCAAGCUCUUGAAGUUUUUUGUGAGAAUAGGCUGAUUUUGUGUGGACAAGAUCAUUGUAAAUAUCAGCGUAGCAGAUGUCAGGCAGACAGGACGAAGACAGUGGGUCGAAAAACAUCGAUUUGGGCAUCAAAUAUGGAUCUGGCGACUGUAUAGAACGAAGCUUUUCCUCAUAACGCCUUUUAUGCAACAGAUCCAGUGAGUUUGCGGCAUCAGAAAGCACCGGGUCUUCCAUGAAAUGCAUUUUAAAUUCCGCCAUCAAUUGAAAACAAUGCUAAUACAGAGUCAAAAUGACGGACAAGUGGGCGGAACCAUACAGCGAGCACGUGGUACGUGGGUAGGCUCUAUAGUGCACUUUAACAUUAAGGAAAAAAAGUAUUUUGAACCACUGUGUGUGGCGAAUGGAAAGAUUUGUAGGAAUAAAAAUGAACAUAUAUAAUUUGUAGGGGAACAAUAUCAAUGAGUGAAAAUACAGCUAUAAAAAAUAUGAGAUGUUGAUCUUUUUUUAUUCUUUGUAUCCCAACCAUACAGGAUAAUAUAUCAUUUGAAAUAUUGAAUAAAAAACAUGUCAAAAAAUAAGGCUGCUCUGGAAACCUUUUACAAAAGAUACACUCGCCUCUGCCAAUGAGAGAGAGAGAGGCGUCACCGGCGAGUUGACAUUUUUAAGUCCACCUUCCAAAGAAUGGCUACAAGUACAGAACAUUUCGAGAAACUGCAUGUCAUAAUAGCUAAAACAAAAUCGGAAAGGGAAUGAGGUCCAAGCAAAAAAAAAAAAAAAAAAUUCAAUGAAAAACAAUUGAAAUAAAUAUUCAUUUUAAAAAAGGAAAAAACAUAAUUCCCCCCCAAAAAUUCUAUUUAACAAUAGGAGGGGGGAAACUUAUAAAUAACAAAAUAUGGAAGUAUAAAUGAUGCAUUUUUCCAAUUAAAAUUGAACAGUAAACACAUAUUUUUUUAAAAUAUAGAGUAAAAAAAAAACAUACACUCCUUUUUUGAAUUAAUAUAUACGCUUAUUUCAGGCAAAAUUGUGUUUUUCCUAAUAAACGUUAAUUUUAAAAAAUAAGGCCAUUUUUUCAAGGCAAGUCAUAUAUAUUAAAUGGAAUGUUCAGAAUUUUUGACAUCAGGCUUAAUCUUCCAGUUAGCGAGGGUUUAAUGCAAUACUGCAACGAUUAAUCAAUCAACUCAAGUAAUUUGAUUGGAAAAAAGCUUCAAAUCAAAUUUUGCUGCUUCGAGUAUUUGUUGAAUUAGUGGUGGUGUCAUGGUUUGUUUUGAAAGUGUUUGCAUUUAGUUUUAUUGAUUUAGGUGGAUACACUGCCCUCUGGUGGCAACAGUGAAUAUGACAUAACUUAUUUCACAUAGCAGUAUCCAGCUGCUCCCUGUUAAGACAAACUUAAGUUUUUGUUUGAGCUAAUGUAGUGGUUCUUAACCUUGCUAAAGGUACCGAACCCCACAAGUUUCACUUGUGCAUUCACCGAACACUUCAGAACUGGAUAAAAAUAAAUAAUUACUUCAGAACUGGAUAAAAAUAAAUAAUAAUUAAAAAAAAAAAAAAAAAAAUUCUGAUCCUGUUAUAGCUACGCUAGAAAGCUAAUAACUAAGCAAAUGCUACUUCAGAUUUUUAAUGUAUGUUUUAAAAUAGGUCAAAAGUUUGAGUACACGCAGACCGAAAGUCUGCUGUAUGUCCUCAUACCCAGUGCGAGUCAACCUUCCACUGAGCAAACCAGUUUUUUAUCUCAUUAGCUAGAGGGCUAGCAGUCAAAAGAAAUGGAAUACAGGAAUAUGUGUUUGAACCAUUUGUUAAGCGCACUGUAAAAGAAAAAAAGUAUUGUAGCAUUUAAGCUAGCGGACUUUUGCUAUGUAAGUUAGCCAAUUGUUCUUAUGUUGUACUUAGAUCCUCAUGUAGUUUUUUUUUUUUUUUUAAACCGUUUGAGGCUCAGCUCAUGUAUUUUAAUUUUUCAUAUUUCUUAUCCGAUUACUCGAUCAUUUGAACUAAGUAGUUCAUCGAUUAAUCCACUACUAAAAUAAUCGAUUGCUGCAGCCCUGGUUUAAUGAGUCAGUAGAGUUGAUUUCAACAAGUUGCUUAACUUUUUGUUACGUUUUUGAUAUAAAGGGGUUGUAACUUUUUGCUUAUAGUAACUUACUGUUGCAUGUCAAUAAUUGCAGUAUGAACAGCAACAUUUGUAAACCAGCAGCUCUGCAGAGGAGCAGGGCAAAGUGAUAUCACACCGUUUUUUCCUCACCACUGAUUUUUCAUGUCGUAGCCAGCAGCAAGUAACCUGUUUAUAUUGUCCUUCAUUCUUCAUAGGGAAUUUGUGGAAACCUUGCCUUGCCCAUUUCUUCUGUCCGUUUCCACCGCCUGUAAAGGCACCUCUCACCAUGUUGCCGGCCGUCAGUUAACUCAGCAGACUGCUGCUGCAUUCGAGGAAGGUGGGAAGUCAGAGUUUCCAACCGCUGAUCUGGAAAAAUUUCAUUGUAACGCCUCCACUAUUUGAUGGCUUAUAAGAAGGCAGGUUUGCUGGAGGUCAAAAUGUCUUUUGAUGGCCAAAAUUAAAAAAAAACAACUUGUCGUUAUCAGCCAUCUUUGCUGUUUACAUUUCCUCGGAACGCUUUGAGGUUGCAACUUGUACCCUCCGAGACUUCCCACCUUCCUCGAAUGCAACGUGAGCAUGAGUGGGCGAAGCACUCCUCUAUUGUGGUCUGAAGGGAAUAGUAUUGUUUCUCGUAUUUACCGAGCGACUGUUUGAAUUACCGUAACACACCCAAUAUAAACUAAAUAGCACUUAUAGUUCAAGCAAAACAAACAGAAUAUAGGGCAUAAGAGAUACAUGACGCCUUCUUAUCACAAAGCCCAACGCGUGCAUCAUGCAACUGACUGAGGAAGAUUGACACUGACGAGGCAAGACAUCUAAAAGCCCACGUCUGCACCACCAACUCCUGCAAUCAGUACUUCUGGACAGUCCAGAACAGAUGGCGGGACAUCUUGCCUUGACAAGGAACAUCUGAUAUGGACGAACCCGCGACCGAGAAGUGAACUCUCAGCACUCACGUUGCGCUGAGGUGGCAAAAUCCACAACCAUCUUUGCCCUAACAACGGUAACCCCCCGAAUCCUCCUGUCCAAUCCACAAACAGACAAUCUCAAACACACCCUUCUUCUGCCCACAGCCCGCCCUGCGAGAGCCUUCAAAAAGAUUAUGUUAAACUAAUCAUUGUCAUUUUUCUCGGGAACCUUUCGUUGACUUGUGAUAUGGUAACCUUGGAACAACUCUACGUCCUCGCCUGAGUUGGUUUUGCCUUGCCGUUUGAUUGGUGUCGACCUGAAUAAACUGUCAACUUGUAUUUCGAAGCAUUCUUCCAGCUUUUAAAAUGGAAUCAGUAAGAGGGGUUAAGUCCCACGAGCUAUCAAGCUCCACAACUCCAAUUUAGGUGGGAGGGGGAGGGACAGUACUGCACUAUUAGCACUUUAGCACCUACG